UUUAUUUGAGACAUAUUAUCCACCAUUUUAUCGCGACGCAAAGCAAAACGAAUUUUUAAGAUUGGUUCAGGGGUCUAUGACAAUUGCUGAAUAUCAUGUAAAGUUUGUUGAAUUGUCUAAAUAUGCAAGUGCUUUGGUUGCUGAGGAGAGAGAUAGGUGUAGACGGUUCGAGCAAGGGUUGAGAGCUGAAAUUCGACCUAUGGUUACUGCUCAUGGGCAUCAAAAUUUUGGUUUGUUGGUUGAGGCGCCAUUAAGAGUUGAGACAGCUAUUCGUGAAGGGAGUAAUCAAGGAGCACAGGUGACCUUUCGAGGUGGUAGUAGUCAAUCAGGAGCUUCAGGAGAAAGGUUCAAGAAGAACAGAAAGGGAUUUUGGCCAGGUGCCACUAAAUCUGGCAAUUUUAAAUCUAAGUCUGGGAGUUCUAGCUCUAGUCAAGGAUCAAGACAUAGCCAGAGUUUUGGACAGCAGUCAGUGGGAAGCCAUUCUUUUAUACAGGGUCCUUCACAGAGAAUUCAAGGAGCGAGACAGAUUGAGGUUUCUGAUCAUAGGAGCUUUCCACAGUGCCAGUCUUGUGGGAAGUUUCAUCCAGGCGAGUGUCUUCGAGGGGUUGGAGUUUGUUAUCAGUGUGGUCAGAUGGGACACAUAAGGAAGGAUUGUCUAGCUAGAUCUCAGCAGAUUGGAACAUCUCAGAUAGUAUCUCCUCAGCCAGGGAUCGGUACGACCAGACAGAACAGGGAUCAAAGAGCUCCAUCAGCAGGGUCGAUGGGGAACACACAAUCUAAUUCUGGUAGGGAUAGUGCUUCUAGACAGGGAGCUCAGGCAGGUCGAUCCAGGACUCAGGGCAAGGUGUUUGCUAUGACACAGCAGGAGGCAGAGGAGUCACCAGAUGUGGUAGUGGGAAGUAACGAGGCGAUUGGAAACGUCUAUCAGCCUAUCUAGCUUGUAGCUCAUACCUUGAGAAGGUCGAUUUUGAGAUAUUUGGGAAAGCCUGCUGAAGCAAAAGAGACCGUUUCAUAAGUAUGUAACGAAUAGUUGGGGAACUUAUGUUUAUUAAAUAAUUGUCUAAUUUUGGAUGACAAGCAUAUUUGUAGAAGGGUUUGUAAGUGAUGUAAUACUUGCAUGUUGACAUGAUGAUGUUGCAGAAACACUCAGUCGAAUUUUGUUAUAUUCUGUAAUAGUUGUGGUGGUAUUAGAGGAAGUGGUGGUUUCCAAAACUUUUGGUUUAAAUGUCUAUUUGAGAUUUUGAUGAUUUUUCAA